AUGACCCAUCGCUACUUAGGGUCCACAGUGGAUAUAAGUUCUUCCUUACUAAAAGUGUACGAUUGCCUGGUGGGGAAGAGCAAGGAUGAACAUGUAGGAGACGAGAAUGAAGAAAAUGUUUCCAAGAACGUCAACACAGAUGGUUACCAGCCACUUUCCUCUAGUGUUCACAGUCCAAAUAAUUUGGCAGACAGUAGAACUAGAAGCCGGCUACUUUCUCCGAAGAACUUGUCGGUGAAUGACACUUCUACAAAGCGCCCUGUUAGCACGAGUUCAGUGUCUUCCUCUUCAUCUUCUUCGUCUUCUUCAUUUCCUCGAAAUGGAAUGGAUGUUAAGAGGUCUUACAUGGCAAGUAAUGAAAGUUUAGCAGAUAACGGUCCAGAUGAAGACAACGUUCUUUCCUGUGAUCGUCUCUCUCAUCACACCCGAAUUAGUGAGCAGAAAACAACUGGCCUGAAAGGUAUCAAACAUGGAGUAGUAGAUGUGGGAAAUAGAGUCAACCAGAAAGGCGUGGUUCCUUGUCGUCACAUAACCUAUGAUCCCAGUCUUUGUCCAACUGACCGUGUCAUCAUGGAAAUAGUGGACACUGAGAGGACUUAUGUGAACAAUUUACAAGAAAUAAUUGACGGGUAUUUCCAAUACAUGUUGUCCUUAGAAGUCCGAAAAAUAAGUGAUCAAACUUUAGAAGAUCUUUCUGGAAAUAUAGAAGACAUAUAUAAAUUCAAUAA